AUGACCGACAAAGACCAAUAUCCGACCACCGUGUCGGAGGUGGCCAACUUUUCCACCAACAAUGAUAAGGAGCAGUACGUGACCGACGUGACUGAGGUCGACUCGUCUGUGCUCGCGUGGAUGGCCGAACAGCUCCAGAUCCCCCCCUCCGAUGACGACGGCUCCUACUCGCCCGAGGUGCACUUUAUGGCCGCUCGAUUCGAGGAGAUGAACUUCGAGGACGCCUGCAAACUGGUGCGAGAGAACAUGAAGUACCACGACAAUGACAACAACUUCCGAGACGAGUACCGUCGGGAAAUCCGAGAUCUGAUGGAGGCUCUAGACUCCGUGGGUGGCGGAGACGACGAAAAAAUGUCGCUGGACGACCCGAACAACAAGGUCAUGAUGGUUCGUUACUGGGCCACCAUUUUCCACUGGUGGAGUCCGUACCCUGAGGUUCGAGCCGUCACAGAUCCCCAGGACGACACCGAGUGCACCUCGGAGACCUGGCGAGUGUGGGUGCUCGGAACUAUCUGGGUUGGCAUUGCUGCCUUCAUCAACCAGUUCUUCUCGCCUCGUAUGCCCUCCAUUGGUCUAGGAGCUGGUGUCAUCCAGCUGCUGCUGUUCCCCUGUGGUCGAUUCCUGGAAUAUGUGCUCCCCGACAAGGGGCUCACCUUCCGAGGAACUCGAUACUCACUCAAUCCCGGUCGAUGGAGCCAGAAGGAACAGCUGCUGACCACCAUCAUGGUCUCCUGCGCCUCCGGAACCCCCUACAUCACCUACAACCUCAUGACUCAGAUCCUGCCCAGCUUCUACGGCCAGGAAUGGGCCCGAUCUUUCUCCUUCGGCUUCGUCUUCAUGCUAUCCACCCAGAUGAUGGGUUUCGGUCUCGCCGGUCUGCUCAAACGAUGUGCUGUCUACCCCGUCAAGGCCGUGUGGCCCUCUCUGUUGCCCACCCUGGCCGUCAACAAGGCGCUUCUGGCACCCAACCGAAAGGAAACCAUCAACGGAUGGACCAUCACUAAAUACAAGUUUUUCCUCAUCCUGGUGGCGUGCUCCUUUGCCUACUUCUGGCUGCCAAACUACCUGUUUGAGGCUCUGUCCUACACCAACUGGAUGACUUGGAUUGCCCCUGAAAACGAGACUCUGGCGCGAGUCACUGGAUCUCUCCAGGGUAUGGGAUACAACCCCAUUCCUACAUUUGACUGGAACAUGGCUACUGCGGCCUACUCACCUGUAGCCAUGCCUCUCUACACCGUUCUCAACGACUACAUUGCCGUGUUCAUCUCUGGUCUUGUCAUCCUGGGUCUGUACUACACCAACAACUUCUGGACCUCGUACAUCCCCAUCAACACCAACCGACUGUACGACAACCAGGGUAAGCCCUACCAGGUGAUGAAGAUUCUGACCAACAACAGAUUUGACGAUGAAAAGUACCAGGCCUACUCUCCUCCCUUUUACGGAGCUGCAAACCUGGUUGUCUACUCGUCCUUCUUUGCCAUCUACCCUCUGUCGUUUGUCUACGUGACUCUCAUGGAAUGGGCUGCCACCAAGGAGGCUCUGGUGGAGACUGCCAAGGCUCUCCGACACAUUCACCGAAGCAACUACGAGGGUCGAGUCGACCCCUUCUCCCGAUACAUGCGAAAAUACAAGGAGGUGCCCGACUGGUGGUUCUACAUCAUCAUGGUGCUCAUGUUUGUGCUCUCUGUUGUCAUGGUCCAGGUGUGGCCUGUUGACACUCCCGUGUGGACCCUGGUGUUUGUUAUUGGUCUCGUACUGGCCUUUAUCAUCCCCUUCACCAUCUUUGCUGCCUACACCGCCAACUCGCUGUCUCUCAAUGUCAUUUCCGAGCUCAUCAUCGGUUAUGCUCUCCCCGGAUCCUUCAUGGCUCUCAACCAUAUCAAGGCUCUGUCUGUGACCAUCCAGAUGCAGGCCCAGAACUACGCGUCGGACCAGAAACUAACCCACUACGCCCACUUGCCUCCUCGAUCCAUUUUCUGGAUGCAGAUCUGGGCCACCUUUGUCAACGGUCUGGUCUGUCUCGGAGUCUUGUCCUUCCAGGUGGACAUGCCCGACAUCUGUGAGCCCACAAACAAGUAUAAGUUUACCUGUCCUGGAGACACUACCUUCUUCACCGCCUCUGUGGCCUGGGGAGUUAUUGGUCCCAAGAAGAUGUUCGACAAGUACCCCGCCAUGAAGUGGAUGUUCUUGCUUGGAGCUCUUCUUGGUGUGCUUUUCUACUUGCUGCAGGUGACCCUGCCCGCCUUCCUGGCCAAGAAGUACCCUUCCAAGGAAAAGACCAUCGACAAGAUCCGACGACAGCUGCUCUACAUCAACCCCAUCAUUGUCUGCGGAGGAUUCAUGGCCUGGGCUCCAUACAACCUGUCGUACCGAACCGGCGGUCUGUACCUCGCUUUGCUGUUCAACAUGUACAUCAAGAGCCGGUACCUGGCCUGGUGGAAGAAGUACGCCUACAUUCUGGAGGCCGGAAUGGGCACUGGAAUUGCCAUCUGUGCCAUUAUCAUCUUCUUUGCCGUCCAGUACAACCCCGUUAUUGUUGACUGGUGGGGCAACAAUGUUCCCUAUGUCGGAGUCGACGGUACUGGACUUUCAAUUAUCGAGCCCAUUCCCGAUGUCGGCUACUUUGGUCCUGCUCCGGGCAACUACGAUUAG